CCAAGCACCAGUUGAAGAACAAAGAAGGAAGAAGCGGCGAGAGGGCCAUUCUCAAGUUACUUUCUGCCCCAGCGAGCCCCGUCCAUCCCGCACAGCAGACGCUUUUUUCCCGAAGGACUACUGGAAACUGCCUUCUCUCGCCCGCUCUUUUCUCCCCCCUUCUUUUUUCCCAAGUUUCUUUCGGCCUCUUCUCCCUUCCCCUCCAAUAAAAGGAAAGGAAUCCUCCACGAUUAGGCGGAAGGCACCGAGAUGAAAACUCAGAAAAGUGCUGCUGCAAUAUCAGGCAGUGAGACAGAGGACGAUGACAACAUGGAUGUCCCCCUGGAUCUCUCCUCUUCUGCCUGCUCAGUCAAGAGGAGGAGACGGGGUAACCUGCCCAAAGAAUCAGUGCAGAUUCUUCGGGACUGGCUGUAUGAGCACCGUUACAAUGCUUAUCCUUCAGAGCAAGAGAAAGCACUAUUGUCAAGACAGACGCACCUUUCCACACUACAGGUCUGCAACUGGUUCAUCAAUGCACGGCGCAGGCUUUUGCCUGACAUGCUGAGGAAGGAUGGGAAGGACCCAAAUCAAUUUACUAUCUCACGAAGAGGGACCAAGGUAACUGACGGCCACCCAGCGGAAUUUUCCAGCUCAAAAAACUGCAUUCCCUUGAUUGAGAGCUCCUUUCUCUCUGGUAGCCCAGGACCAAACAAGUCUUGUAACACUUCUCCAGGAUCUCUUUUGGCUCGGCCCUCAGUAAUUUGUCAUACCACCGUAACUGCACUGAAAGAUGUCCCUUUCCAUUUCAAUCAGCCAGCUGGUGCAGGUCAGACCACAGAUGACUUGCAGUGGGCUUCGCCUACCAACUUUACAGACAACUCGCUCCUAUACCAUGAGGAUAAGUUGGGACCUAGUUCAAAUGCACAGAGUGGGCUUUUCAACACUCCUCCUCCAACUCCUCCAGACCUCAAUCAGGACUUUAGUGGAUUUCAGCUCCUGGUGGAUGUUGCACUGAAACAGGCAGCGGAGAUGGAAUUGCAGGCAAAACUCAUGGCAUAAGUUGUUCUUCAUAUUUUCUCUCUCCCAACAGGGAUGUAAUAGAAACAUGUGGCAAUUGUCUCAAUGAUAUCAAGGACUUAACUGCAUUAUUUUUUCUAAUUAAUCUUAUUUGCACAAGGGAUUGCUGAAAUGAAGCUUCCUAUCUCUGUAAUGGUCUUCAGUGGAAUACAGUCAUUCCAAAAAUUAUAAACUUAAAGCUACUGUAGAAGCAAAAACCUUUUUUUUUUUUAAAAAAAAAAACAUGUUUCUUAGUAGGUUUUUUUUUCCAUAAUGUGAGAUUGUUCCCAAGAUCAUGUGAUUUUGUUUUGUUGUUCUUUUCAUUAUUUGUCUCUUUCAGACUGUGCAAUAUUUAGUAACAAGAUUAGUAUUCAUAUCAUUCCCAUGUGGAACAAAAUAUACCAACAGGCUGUCUUAACAAAUUUCAGAUUUUUAAACAAGUUUGGAUUUGAAUGAUUAUACUUUUUCAUGGUGUAAUAAAAUAUU